CGCUUGUCCAAAAUAGUUUUUGUAAAGCUAUGGGAAUACUUUAUGAUUCAACUCCUACAGAAUAUUUUAUCAGCGGCAAAAAAUACUUACUCAGGACUCAAUACGAGAAGGCUUUUGCAAAGUUUUUACGAGCUGCUCGAGAAUACCACACCCAAUCACAAUUUCAUCUAGCUGUUUUAUAUGAAAACGGGUUAGGUACAGACAAAGAUUUUACUCAAGCUCUUUUCUGGUACACCAAGUCUGGAGAGUAUGGAUGUUAUGACGCUCAAAUUCGGAUGUGUAAGGUAUACCAAGAAGGCGCGCUUGGGGUAGCAAAAAGUCAUAAGCAGGCAUUAUACUGGUUGAGAGAAACGUUUUCAAUGGAUAAGAGCUUGGAAUAUAUUCCGGGUUACAAGUCUUAUCUACUUGGUCGAAUAUGGGAAGAAGGAGGAUACGGAAUUGACCAAGACUAUAAUACAGCUUUAGUGCAUUACUCUAAUGCUAUUGAAGAAGGAUACGCGGACGCAAGUUUAAAAGUAGUACAUCUUUAUCUCCGAGGAAUAGGUGUUAAACAGGAUUACAAAAAAGCUUUAAAAAUAUUAUUAAAUUCUAUUGAAAAUGGAUCCCAAGACAGCUUAGUUUACUAUCUUGUAGGCAAUAUUUAUGAAAACGGGGGCCAUGAAGUAGAUCAGGAUAUAACAAAAGCUAUAGAAUACUAUGUCAACGCUUCCAAUUUAGGCAUCACAAAGGCCCCAUUUAGAUUGGCGUUAUUAUAUUAUUAUGGGCAAGGUGUUCCGGUUGAUCAUAAGUCAGCAUUAUUCUGGUUCAAAAAAUCUGUUGAGAUCGAAGAAACAUCCGAAGCGCAGUAUUAUAUGGCCAUCAUUUAUAUGGAAGAAGAUGGUCCGGUCAUGCAAAGUUACGGAACAGCUAUCAAAUGGCUACGAUCAUCUGCUGACCAGGAUUAUGCUCAAAGUCAGUACUUACUGGGGAAGUUGUAUAUGGGUGACAUUUGCGAACUAAAAUCAGAUCCAGUCAAGGCUUUGCAUUGGCUAAAGAAGUCUUUAGAAAAUGGUCACGCCGCUUCCCGUUAUGAAAUUGGCCUUUUAUAUGCUACCGGAGGAGAUGGAAUUGAAGUGGAUUACAAACAAGCAAUUUUUUUUCUGAAAGACGUCGAUGAUAAUAAUGCUAAGUCAAGUUCUGACAUUAUUGGUAAACUUUUUUACAGUGGCGGAUACGGGAUCGAAAAGGACUACAAACAAGCUUUAUUCUGGUUUUUCAAUUGUGGUGGAGGAGCUUCUACACAUAAUUUUAAUACUAUCGGUAUGAUGUAUUACGAAGGAGGAUUUGGCAUUCAGAAAAAUUUAAAAGAAGCCCUGGCCUGGUUCUUGAAAGCCAUAAACAGCAAUCAUCUUGAAUCAUAUGUCUCUCUUGGGAUAUUAUACUCCGUUGGUGGAUAUGGAGUUAAUCAAGAUUAUCAAGCUGCUCAUGAUUACUUGCUGGAAGGUGUUGAUAACAAAAUUGCCGAUUCGACAUACUAUUUAGGUGUUCUCUUUACUUCGCGUAAUGACAAUGAACAAGAUUUUAAAAAGGCAUUUUCCUGGUUCACAAAAUCGGCUAAAUACCAUGAUCCAUAUUCUCAAAUAUGGAUUGGCAUUUAUUAUAUGAAGGGACUUGGAGUCGAACGAAACUAUAUUGAAGCAAAAUUAUGGUUUGAAAAGGCUAGCGAAAACCCACUUGGAGCUGUUGCUUUUGUCCAUCUUGGUUGGUUAUAUCAUAAAGGUCUCGGUGUACCACAAUCCUACAAUAAAGCAUUUAAAAUGUACGAAAUUGCUUUAAAAGCAGAGAAUAACGACGGGGCGCGCAGAUAUGCAUAUACUUGCUUAGGAUUGUUAUAUCAGAACGGUCAUGGAGUUUCUCAAUCCUAUUAUAGGGCAAAAGAAUACUUUCAGAAAGCAAUCGAUUUAGAGGAUGAGGAUGGGUACAAUUGUAUGGGAGACGUUUAUAAGCAUGGCCAUGGCGUAAAUGUGGAUUAUGACGAAGCCUUCCUAUGGUAUAUAAAAUGUGCUAAAGCUUGUGACAAUAGCCUCUAUGUGUGUGAUGACGGCUGGCUCAAUCUUGGGAUAAUGUAUCUAAAUGGAUUAGGAACCGAUAAGAAUGUCAAUUUAGCAUUAUUUUAUUUACGAAAAGCAUUAAAAUACGGUAACGAAGAGGCCCAGCCACAUAUACGUCAAGCGAUAGACAUACAAAACGAAAUGGCAUCUGCUCCGCUCUCAUACAUACCUGAAACAGAUAGCAUUAUACAGAGGUCAUUAUCCGUUAAACCCACAGCAGAUAUUAAUCUUCGAGAUAUAGAAGAAAGGAUAGCGGAACUAGAACAAUUAAAAAUACUUUACUUUGAAAAAGGUUCAGAUCAAGACCUAAAAGUCGAAAGCACAACAGAUGAAGGAUUACAUGUGGAUGAUUUUAACAACGAUGAAAAAGAUCCCCCCAAGUUUUUUCAUGUUGAAAAUGUCUGUCCCGAAAUUGAGAAGUUUAUUUACGUUGAGAACAUUACGAUAGUUUCCGAAAAAGAAGACCCCGACAAAUUUUUCCACUUAUAAUGCUUGAUGCUCUGCAAUAAACACCUUAAUUUAUAAACUACCAACUUCUCGUUGACUUACAACUUUUUCUUAAUUCACAUAUUAGACAUCUUAUAGCUGUAAAUACCUCGUAUAUAUAGUUAUGUUCUAGUAUUUUUUUCACGACUUUUAAUCAACUUAAAUGUAUAAAUAAUGCCUUUCUUAACAGUCAAAAUGUUUUAUCUCUGUAAGUAAC